UCGUAUGAGGGAGCAGUCCGAGAGGAGAUCAGGAGAGAAGGUCCGCCAGGAAUAGACUUUGGGGCUCUUGAGUGGAGCGAGAGGGUGCGAAACGCGGUGCUUGGAAGUGGGCGAGGGAGCACCUUACUCUGACUUUGUGAAUCCACUCUUGGGGUGCCUUGAGCAUAGCAUAUAAAGCGGGGCCACGGGCUGUGCAUCAGAAGCCAGAGAGAGCAGAGUAGAAGAAUCUGGAGCUCUUCUUAAAAGGCGCGGCUCGUGAUUGCUCGACAUAGGAAGCGGCUGGAGAAAGGUGGGCCCGGGAGAGGAGGGUACGGAUUGUUGAAAGUGGUGGCUGAUCAUGUGAAGGGGGAGCGGGCUGCACAUAGCGUGGUGCGAUCUUGCAGGCCAGGUUGAGAGAGAAGCGGAAUCGGCGAAGUCGCGGAGAGGCUGAAGAUGGGGCCGCUGCUGUCUCUAGGGAUUGGGCUUCUGCUGUUCUUGCUUUGGGCUCGCUAUAGGGGCAUUGAAUACGUGUUAGUCCACCACCGCUGGAUUUUCGUGUGCCUGUUCCUGUUGCCUCUCUCUGUCCUCUUCGACAUUUACUACCAGCUCCGCGCGUGGGUUGUGCAGAAGCUGCACUGUGCUCCUCGGCAGCAUGACUUGCGGGUUCGGAACAUCCAGAAACAGGUUCGAGAAUGGAAAAAAGAAGGGCAAAAAACAUAUAUGUGCACAGGCCGUCCUGGCUGGCUUACAAUGUCUCUUCGUAUUGGGAAGUACAAGAAGACUUUGAAGAACAUCACAAUCAACUUGAUGGAUAUUUUAGAUGUAGACACUGAGAGACAGGUUGUUUGUGUGGAACCUUUGGUCUCAAUGGGACAGUUAACAGCACACCUUAAUCGCAUGGGCUGGACUAUUCCAGUGGUUCCAGAACUUGAUGAUCUUACAGUAGGUGGUUUGCUCAUGGGGACCGGCAUUGAAUCUUCCUCUCAUACCUAUGGACUAUUUCAGCAUAUCUGUGUGGCCUGUGAGCUUGUUUUAGCUGAUGGCAGCCAUGUGAGGUGUACCCCAGAGGAGAACUCAGAUCUAUUUUAUGCAGUGCCUUGGUCUUGUGGCACUCUAGGCUUCCUGGUUGCAGCAGAAAUAAAAAUGAUCCCAGCUAAGAACUAUGUGAAAUUACAUUACGAGCCCGUGAGAGGACUGAAGACAAUCUGCAAGAAAUUUGCUGAAGAAUCAGAAAAGAAAGAGAAUCAUUUUGUAGAGGGUAUUGUGUAUUCUUUGGAAGAGGCAGUCAUAAUGACUGGGGUUUUGACCAAUGAAGCUGAGCAAGAAAAGAUCAAUAGAAUUGGGAAGUACUACAAGCCAUGGUUUUUUAAGCAUGUGGAGAAUUACCUGAAAGCGAAUAACACAGGAACAGAAUAUAUUCCAACAAGAGAUUACUAUCAUAGGCAUACAAGGAGCAUUUUCUGGGAGCUCCAGGAUAUCAUUCCUUUUGGCAAUCAUCCUAUUUUUCGCUAUCUGUUUGGCUGGAUGGUUCCUCCUAAAAUCUCCCUUUUAAAACUGACUCAAGGCGAAAGCAUGAGAAAGCUCUACGAGCAGCACCAUGUGAUACAGGACAUGAUGAUUCCCAUGAAGAAUCUUGAACAAUGCAUUCAGACCUUCCACAGUGUCAUCAAAGUUUAUCCUCUGUGGCUGUGUCCAUUCAUAUUGCCUCAUAAUCCUGGAAUGGUUCAUCCAAAAGGAGAUGAAGCGGAGCUCUAUGUAGAUGUAGGAGCCUAUGGAAUGCCUCAGACAAAACACUUUGAAGCCAUGGCAUCCACCAGACAGUUAGAAAAGUUUGUAAGGAAUGUUCAUGGUUUUCAGAUGCUGUAUGCAGACUGCUAUAUGACCCGCGAGGAAUUCUGGGAAAUGUUUGAUGGCUCCCUAUACCACAAACUGAGACAACCGCUUCAGUGUAAUAAGGCUUUCCCAGAAGUAUAUGAUAAAGUCUGCAAAGCUGCAAGACAUUAAGUCCAACGUGCCCAUGAAGAUUUGGGUUUAAAUAAAAGCUAUUCCUUCUGUCCUUUUACAAAAACAGUGUGUUGCUACUUCAGAGACUGCAUUCUAAAUGUGAAAUUUAGAAGAAAUACUUCUGCCUUUGUAUGAAAAUAUAACUGGUAGCAUUUGUCUUAAAAACGUGUUACGCUUCAUCUUCUUUCUAGGAAUUUCCAUUUUUAACCACGGUGGUUUAAUGAUAGCUUAGCUAUAGAUUGAUAUAUUUAGUAGAAGGGGAAUGGAAAAACCAGAACCUUAAAAUAGAAGAGUAGCUUAUAGAUAAAUGAGUAGAUGUACGUAAGCUCUGCUACUAGAGGUGUAACAGAGGCUCUUUCUGAGAGUUGUGCCAAAUAAGACUGCCUUUCUAAUGUCACAGUUGCCUAUACCAGAUAAGUUUCUUUGCCCAGGAUUGAAAAGUCAUCUUGCAAUAAAAUCAUAAUUAUAACCUGUCUGAACACUUUGAAAA